AUGGUUAUGAAGUCGAUCAAAACACCCCCAGUCCCUCUUAUCUCCCCAGACAACAAGCUGACUCUGGUCCAGGAGAACAAGACAUGGGAUGAGGCCCUGGAGUACUGCAGACAGAACCAUGUCGACCUGGUGUCUGUCCACUCCCAGAAGAUCCAGGACUGUGUCCAACAGAGAGCUAGUAGGGCCUCCACUGUCCACGUCUGGCUGGGUCUGCGCUACCCCUGCACCCUGGACUUCUGGUUCUGGGUGAGCGGAGUAGGCAGUGGAUACCAGGAAUGGGCCCCUGGCCACGGGUUCAGAAGUGAGGAGUGUGGGAAGACUGGGGCCGUACAGAGAGACAACGACUGUCAGUUGGUCGCCAGGCCGGAGACGGACAAGCUCAACUUCAUCUGCACAGACUCUAAGGAUGCCCCCAAAGAUGACGUGUGUGUAGAUCUGGAGCCGGUCGUGGUUCGCUGGGAUUCUUGUAAGACCUCCCACUCUACUCUGGCAUCACAGUACAUUUACAUUGGAAAACAUCUACAUAUAAAUUGCUAUGCUUAAUGUAUGAUAACUUUUUUUUUAUAUAUAUGUAUAUAUUCU